UUUCUGUUUCUCUACAUUUUUGUUAUCUCUGUGAUUCUCAGCGACCGUCUUGUUCCUCCGUCGAGGCUGGCUGCCUUUUAUGGGAAGGCCUACACUCCUUUCCCCUCGGGGCCUGUCUUUUUCUCACCCUGAGGCGCUCCUUCCAUCGAGGAAAACAGGCUUUCCCCCCUUUUGAGUGGCGCAGCUAAGGAGGCUCGCGGGGAGCCUCGGCUGGGUUUGUGCGUGCGGCAGCAAUGAGUCUGGCAGAGCCGCUCGACGUGAAGGCGGGAUUGCAGCCCCGGCCUUUGAGCGACCCUGUCUUGGAUUCUAAUGCUAAUUCUCCUGAUGAAGGAUUGAUAGAAGACUUCACUGUUAUAGAUAAGAAAGCUGUGGAACAACUAACAGAAGGGCUGAUUUCACAUUAUGUACCUGAUCUACAGCGGUCAAAACUAGCCUUAAAAGAGCUAACACAGAACCAAGAAGUACUACUAGAAACUCUACAGCAAGAAAUCUCAAAGUUUAAAGAAUGUAAUUCUGUUCUUUAUAUAAAUGAACUGUUUCGAUCUGGAAGACCUCUGAUUUUCAUGCUCUGCUUUUGUUAUAUUUCCAUUGCAAACUGCCAUCGUCAGUAUUUUCUCGUGUUAGAAAAAAGAGCUCUUAAACUCCAGCAGAAAAGGCAGAAGGAAGAACUGGAACGUGAACAGCAACGGGAGAAAGAGCUUGAAAGAGAGAAACGGUUAACUGCCAGACCAGCUAAAAGAACAUGAGAGCCGAGCAUGUAUUGGCUUGUCAAACUAAUUAUAGCAUUCUCUGGACUUGCUGGGAAGGCCAUGUUGCACCUCAUGAUUCUGAUGUUCUUACUUGCCAAGAAGUCUAUUAGCACAGUAUUAAUAUUUCCAGAUUGCUAUUACCUAAUCAGGAAGGCAGUUAGGAACAGACAGCUUACCAUUGCAGCAGCUCAAGAUGCCUUUUUGGUUAAUGCUAUGCAGCUUAAUACUGCUGGGUCAGAUUUUUUCUUUUUCACAAAUGGAUGGUCUAGGUUGGUGCACACUUGUCCAAGUUCGAAUGUUUCCUUGAUAGCAGACCUCUACUUCGUUAACUAUAUUGUAGACUUAAACUUUCAGUCUUGUUGAAACUUCUUGGUUGUCGUCACUGAUUCUCGCUUUCCUGUUGUCAUGUAUAAAAUACGCAUUGCCGCUGGAGACAGCCAGUGACUAUGGAUGAGAAGUCUAUAUGGGCAACCUUGUCCAUUUAAUUUUAACAUGAUAUGUAGACAACCUGUCAGAAUAUGUAGCCAAAGUUUUCUUCACUUCUUCAGCAGUAUGUUAUGUACUUAGCAAACAUACAAAAUGUGGAUGAUGUACAUCAGGGUUCUUUGGCCCUUCAGAUCUUACAGGACUACAAUUCCCAUUAGCCCUAAUCAGCAUGGCUAAUAGUCAAGGUUGAUGGGAAUUGUAGUUCAGCAACAUCGGGGGGGGGCAAAUGUUCCCCAGCCCUGAUAUAGAUGCAACUUUAAACACCCAUGUACACAUAUCUCAGAACCUCUGGAAGGUUCUUGUAGAUUGUGCCUGUUAGUUCUAGCUUUCAUAGUGAUGCUCCAUAACAAGUGAUUUUAGAAUAAUUUGUCAAUAUGUGCAGCAGUGACAUCUUAUAAAUAUGCAUGACAAAAGAAUAAGAUGACAUUAUCGGACCAGUUUGAAAGCUAGUGGAAGAUAAUAGAUCAGCUCCAUGGUCUCUGUUUUUAUUGCUUUGCUUUAAUUAAAAAAUGUUUUUAAUGUCCAUAUUGCUGUGUACUCAACCACUCAAAUUAGGAAAACAGCCAAAAUGGCUCUCUAUUUAAAGUCCAGUCUAUUUUAGUUACAGCAUAUCUUGGGGUCAAAAGGGUUAUCUGUAACAAAGGCUGGUAAAAAAAAAACAUAUAUAAACAUUGUGCUUUCCUUUUAAAAGGAACAGAAUGUGACUCUGUACUUCUCAGCCAGCAAAAACAACAGAUAGGUGCUGUUGCUUCUGCUUAUUUCUAAAAGAUAUAUAUGAAAUAAAGUGCACAUUUUUUUUAGAAUGGUAUAGUUACUGUUAAAAUACCUCAUUUGUAGUCAAAUAUAAUUGAAGUUGGAUUAUAUCUAAAUAGUUUAAUUAAAAUAUAAUGGAAAAAUAAAGAGACGCAAUAAAGGGAAAAAUAAAGAGAAAUAAUUCAAUGAUUUCUUUGCCUUGUCCUAAUAUUGUGCUCUCUAAUAUAGUGCUUCCCCCUCCAUUUAAGGAGAAGGGUAUUUUCCGUCCUCCCUAGUCUUAUGUGACUGUAGCAGUGAACAAGAGAAGUUUAAUUACACUUAUGAAAUAUUGGUGAAUUUUCAAAGAGUCUGACGGGAAACGUCUGGGAACAUAUGCUAGAGUGAUCACAGGUAGUACUUUUCUUUCACAUCUAGGGAUUACUUGCCUGCAGAGGUACCUAAUCAGCAGAUACUAGUCUUCUAUUAAAGUUGCAGUCCAUUUAUUUAUGUCUUGUCCUUUGUAAAACCAGUGUGGCUGCCAACAAUUAAAAUUCUGUUUUAAAAAAGUGCAAUUAGGCAGAUCAAAUUUUGUAUUAGAAAUUAAAGGUUAAUUUAAAGAAAAAAAUAAAAGUUGACUCUUUCAAGGCCUAUACCACAUAAAAUAAGUGUAUUGUAGGUUAGUCUCUGGGUUUAUUAUUGAUUUUUAUUUGUAUUCUUAAAAAAAGUUGUUUAAAAAUUUAUCUCAAAAUUAUUACUUGUCCAAUAACUAUAACAA